GUGGUUGGAGGUGUCCCUGCUGGCAUGGUAGGUGGGAUGGCUCAUCCAGGUGUUGUUGGUGGCAUGGGUGGUAUGGUAAAUAAUCCUGGAGGGGUUGCUGGAUUGAUUGGAGAGCCUGUUUGUGGAGGUAUUUUCUCUAAUCUGGAUGGGAAGAUGACCAUGCAGAACCUCAAUGAUCGCCUGGCCAGCUAUCUAGACAAAGUUCGAUGCCUGGAAGAGGAAAAUGCUGAGCUUGAGUGCCGAAUCAGAGAAUUUUAUGCCAAGCAAGGCCCCCUGUGUGAACCAAAGGACUAUAGUCAUUACCAUCAGCAAAUUGAAGAUCUUAAAAACCAGCUUAUUUGUGCAAGUGUGGAGAAUAACAAACUCCUUCUGUGCAUUGAUAACAGCAAACUGACUGCUGAUGAUUUCAGAUCCAAGUAUGAGACAGAAUGCUGCCUCCGUCAGAAUGUGGAGGCUGAUAUAAAUGGAUUGCAUCAAAUCCUGGAUCAGCUGACUGCCUGCCGAUCUGAUCUGGAUAUACAGUGUGAGAACCUGCAAGAUGAACUGUGCUGCCUAAGGAAAAACCAUGAGGAGGAAGUUACCUGCCUGAAGAACCAAGCCUCUGGAGAUGUCAGUGUGGAAGUGAAUGCCUGUCCUGGACCAGAUCUUAAGAAAAUCCUGGAGGAGAUGAGAUGCAAAUAUGAAUCAAUGAUUGAAGGAAACCGCAAGGAAGUAGAAGCAUGGUAUGAAUCCAAGAUUGAGGAGGUAAAUCGUGAUGUCUGUACCAGCAGUCAGGAGAUUGAAGAAAGCAACAACAAAGUCACUGAAUUAAGACGCCAACUACAAGCCCUGGAGAUUGAAUAUGAUGCCCAGUGCAGCUUGAGGGACACCCUGGAAGCUUCCCUGGGUGAAACUGAGCUUCGCUAUAACAGUCACUUGGCUGAGCUCCAGGAGCGCAUCUCCUGUCUGGAGCAGCAGUUGGCAGAACUGCGGUCAGAGAUGGAAUGCCAGAACCAUGACUACACAGAGCUCCUGGAUGUCAAAAGCCGCUUGGAGAAAGAGAUUGCCACCUACCGCGGCUUGCUGGAAGGGGGACAACAUGACAUUGUGUAA